GCUUCCGUGAUUUCAAUCAGCUGGAUUGAAUCUGUACGUUUUACAAGAAUCCGGUCGGCGGAUGGCGAGCGAGAAGACCCAAAUCUAUCAUGAGAGGCAAAGACUGCAAUUUUGCCUAUUGCACUCCCUUAACAAUCUCUUUCAGCAAAAGGAUGCCUUUAGUCGAGCAAGCUUGAAUGCAAUUUCUAAGAAGCUCGUUCUUGAUGACCCAAAUAAGGAAACUUGGACACCGUUAUCUUUCCUCUUCAAGCCUCACCAUAAUGCAAUUACUGGAAACUAUGACAUAAAUGUUCUGAUUUCAGCACUUGAAGGGAAAGGGAAGAGUGUAGUUUGGCAUGAUCGUCGAAUUGGUGUAUCUUCUAUUGAUUUAGAUGAUGGGCCAGAAGGAACUUUGAUGGGUAUUGUGCUUAAUGUUCCAGUUAAACGGUAUGCUGGGUUUUGGGGAGGUAGACACUGGAUUGCAGUGAGAAAUAUUGAUGGGGUUUGUUAUAAUUUGGAUAGUGAUUUUGCUACACGUCAGUCUUUUAGGGAUGCUGAAGAAGUUAGGGAAUUUUUGGAUUGCAUCAUUGGUCAUGGUGGAGAGAUUUUACUUGUCAAGAAUGAUACAUGGUGAGUUAUCUUUACUAUGGACAAUCAGCUGAGGUUACAACUUCCAAGCUUGUUCGUAGCAAGAAUUCUUUCUUUGUCUUUUAUGCUUAAAAAGAUUGAGGUGCAGUCUUUCUUCUUGACUUAUUAUUGCCUGAAUAAGUUUAUUUUUGCUUGGAGAAAUUGUUUAUAAGGAGCUUUUGCUUUUAGGGAUUUCAUUGUAGCAUAUUUUAAGGUGGUUUCUCCUUUCUAGAGAUGGUGAUUGGAGAUGAUGAGUGCCAAUUCUGCUAAUAUAUAUCAGUUCUUGAGGAGCCUUGGAAUGCAAUCACAAGUUCAUGGUGCUAAUUGAUACGCAUUAAGCUGGAACACAGAAUGGAUGGUUGUGCUUGUCUAGUGUUGAUUCCAUUUUUGUUUAAACCAAUCAUCGUCUACUUUUUUCCUAUAUUGGAUACCUGUAGUAACUUGAUGUUUUGUACAUGAACUGUCAAUACUUGUUAAGGUAAUCGGAUUAGAGCUACCAAAUAUGGUUCUUUUGGACAUCAUGGACCACUAUUAUGCUGAUGAUUGAAUAAAAAGAUGCUAUUGUUCUUUUCAGUGGUCUCAAAGUUGAUGGUUGAAGAUAACUACAAAAGCUAGCACUGACUGGAAUUCAAUUGUGCCCCUUUUUACUUUGCUGGUUGGAUCCAGUUGUAAUUGAUGCUAGAUCUUUGGGUUCUAGGCUGACAGUAAUUUUGGAG